AUGAAGAAACUCUCCCUCAAGUCUCUUGCCAAACUCUCGCUUUCCAAAAAGGACAAAAACAAAGAGAAGGAAAAAAAAGCAAGCGAAAAGGAGCUGCCCAAGAUUCUGAUAGACCAAAUCAACCAGAAUGCUGAUUCCUAUGCUCAUCAGAUCUUCAACAAUACUGAUUACAGCGAUAAUGACGAUGGUCGACAUUCGGAUUACUUCAACAAGCUGGUAAUAAAGGACCAUCUAUCUGAGAGCUUCUCUUCCACUGUUGAGCAAAACUUAGAUCCAAAGUCACAUUCAGAUCCAAAAUCAAAAUCAAAAUCAAAAUCAAAACCAUUAAAUGAAUAUGAUGCCUACAAAAACAAUAUAAACUACUACAAUUCAUACAAUUCUCACAAUUCUCACAAUUCUCACAAUUCUCACAAUUCUCACAAUUCUCACAAUUCUCACAAUUCUCAUAAUUCUCACAAUUCUCAAAAAUUUCCCACCUCAAAUCGUCAUCAACCAAGUGUCUCAAAAAAUCGGCAUCUCAGAAACUAUAGUCUAAAUGAUUCCUAUAUUUCUGUUUCAAAUUCCGCUAAUAAAAUAAAAAGGACCUACUCAAAUCCUUCUUUCAAGCAAAAAAACUUGAUUUUAGAUAAUUCUAAUUCUAAUUCUAAUUCUAAUCAUACUACAAAUAUUCACCAUCAUAAUGAUGAUAAUGAUCACAAUAGUGACCAUAACAGUAAUCGUGAUAUUGAUCAUGAUGGUGACAGUGAUGAUAAAGAUAAUGGCAAUUUACAUAGUAGCAACUACCAUAAUGGAAAUGAUUAUCAUGAUGCCAAUAAUGAAAACAAUGGAAAUAAUGAAAGUAAUAAUAAAAAUAAUAAAAAUAAAAAUAAUAGAAAUAAUAAUGGAGAAAAUAAUCAAAACAAUUCACAAAAUCAUUAUAACAAAACUUCAACUAAUACAUAUAAUGCCUAUGAUAGUUUCAACCAAUUAAAAGAUAUAUCAAUGGCAAAUAUCAAUAAUACUAACAACACAAAAGAAAACCAGUUUUCAACUUUUAAAUCUAAGCCCCUGUUUAAUCUUAAUGAAUCCAAUGAUUACCUUUAUUCUAACUUGAACUCAAAUUCUUUGAAAUUUGAUCCUGUUUCUUUAAGCAUUUACAAACUUGAACGUUUAUGUUUAUCCACUUUAGAUAAAUACACGAAAUCCUGUCAACUAUUUGUAUCUUUAUUUCAACUCUACUACGAACGUCUAUUAUCUAUCAGUGAUCAAUACGUUUUAAAUCAUCAUUUUAAUUUUAUCAAAAAUAACCCAAAUUAUAUUAAAAUAAUCCAAAAUCAAACUCAAUCAGAAAAUCAAAUCCAAAAUAUAAACCAAAAUCAAAAUCAAAAUCAAUCUAAUGAUAAAACUUAUAACGUUUAUAAUGUUCCAUAUGAUUGUCGUGAAGAUAAUCCCUUUAAAAAUUAUUUCAAAAAAAAAAGUAAUGUUCAGUUUAAUAAACUCUAUCUUGAUGAUAAUAUUGACAUAUUUUCUAAUUCUACAAACAACACACAAAAUUCAAAUAAACAUUCUGAAAAAAAUUCGGACCAACCUUUUGAUAUUGAAUCUUAUUGUUAUGACCAAUUGUUGAUUUUUAAAACCUUCAGAUUUAACAUGCAAUCAAAUUUGAAAAACUUGCACAAUUAUGUAUCCGUCUUUUUAAAUUUCGAAUUUAAAAAAAUUUUACUAUAUUAUAACAAUAGUAAACUCUUGAUUAAUUAUUACGAAAAAAAAAAUGAACUCAUAAAACUACAUAAAAUCAGAACUGUUAAUUUUAAAAAUUUAAUCAAUUUCAUUACAAAUCAAUUAAAACCUUUAAAUAAUAUUAACUUUCAUUUGUUUGAAGACUGUUUAUCUUUUAUUCAAGAAGUUGAAAAAAAAUUAAAUGAUUUAAGCAGAAGCGAUUUAAUUGUUAAACUCGAUUUUUUAAACUCAUCCUCAAAUGACAUAACUCUUUCUAAAAGUAAUGAUGAUAACAUCAAAAUUUCUUUAACGAAUUCUACAUCUUAUUCAAAUUAUAAUAUAAAUCAAGACACUUUCACAUUAUCAUCUGUGCAGCUAGGCUAUGAUAUAAUCUUAGAAUUACAAAAUAUUCUAAAUUUUUUUGAUAAUGAGGAAAUUUAUCAAAUAUUAAAGCUAAAUUUUAAUGAUCCCUUGUUAACAAAUUACAUUAAUUUAAACUACAAUCCCAAUUUCAAUCAAUUGAUUAAGCUAAAUUACAUUUUAAUCGAUGAUUUGAUGGAAAUUUUGAAAAACCUAUCAUUUAAAUUAAUUCCUUUUAUAAAACUAUUAAAAGAAAAUUUAAAUGCUAAAAGAAACAUUAGAAUUGAUUUAAAAAAAAAUUACAAUAAUUAUAAGAAUUUUUAUCUUUUAAAUAACCUAGAGUCAAAUCACCACUUUAUAUCAAAUUUAGAUUCAAAUUGGUUAUAUUCUCCUGUUUUUUCAUUCAAUUUGAUCAAUUUCAUUAAAAAAAAUAAUAGUUCUAGAAUUUUAUUGUUUUUACAGAAAAAAUUCAAUUACAAAAAUAUUCCUGUUCGACCUAAUUCUCUUAAAUUAUUCAGAUCGUCCAACUCAUUGAAUAAUAAUAGUUCAGAUUUCGCUAUUAAUCAUAGCAAUCACAACAAUGGACAUAAUAAAAGCCAAAAGAUUUCAAGUUUCAGUUCUCAUGAUUCGUAUUAUGACCCAAAUGUUUUGAAUUUUAAAGAAAUCGAUUAUGAAAAUUCAUUGAAAUUUCUUGUUAAAAGUUUUGCUAUUGAAAAUAAUAACUAUCUUGACAACAAAUUAAAAAGUUAUGGGGACUCACUUUCAAUUGAAAAUGAUAUCAACAUCAAGCCUCAUGAAUUAAAGUUCGCAUUUGAAAAUUUGAAUAUUGAUCUAUAUGCUAAUUUAUACGAUUAUAUUAAAUUAAUCAAAUUAUUCGAUUAUCUUUUAGUUGAGCUAUAUCCAUUCUUAUAUGUAUUGACAGAUUCUAUAGUAUAUUAUUUAAGAGAAGUUAUGAUAGUCUUUAAUAUUGAAUUAAACUUAAAUGGAUAUUGUACUAAUAAUUUAUUUAAUAUUAACUAUCAUGACAAUAGCAUUGAAGGGUUUUUCAAAAUUAAUAACGAUAAACAGACCAAGUCUGGAUCAACAGGUAGUCAACUAAAAAAUAGAAAUUUUUUUAAAAGAAAUGAUGCAGAACAUAACACUUCUCCCGAAGAAAAUAAGUUUUUUUUUGAAAAAUUAAUAAUAACGGUCAACAAUAUCAAUAACAAUAAUGUCAAUACGUAUUUUAAUCAUAAUGUUGUUGAAUUAAAGUAUGAAGAAAAAAUUUUAAACAAACUAAUUAAUAUCGAGACUUUUUUAAAAAUUUAUGAAGAUACACAAGCAGAUAUUAAUUUAAAAAUUUUUAAAAAUUUUUAUAAUGAAAAAACCGAUAAACUUGAUUGUAAUGAAUUCGAAGGUAUGAAAAAAGAUUUUAACUAUAUUUAUUUUUUUAAAAAUGUUGUUAAUAAUCAUAGGUUUGAUCAUUUUUGUUUUUCUGAUUAUCAAAUCAGUUCAAAGGAUGAAUUUUUUAAAAAUCUUAAUUAUUUUUAUAAUCCUAAAUUUAAAAAACAAACACAUGUGUUUCAUAUGGAAAUAUUGGCUAAAAAGAUUAACAGCUUAAUAAAAUUAUUAAUAAAGUACAUUGUUUUGAUGGAUAAAUUGAUUGAGAUCUUUCAAAGUUUAAUUGAAGAUGAAGAACUUUAUAAAAAAGAGUGUCACCGCAAUAAAAAAAAAAAUAAUGAUGAAAAACCGCCAGACAAUAAGACAUAUAGUGCUGGUACUAAGAAUUUUUUCACCAAAACACUUAGAAAACAGAUUUCUAUGAACAAAAUGAAUACCAGUUUAGAUAGAGAUCAAGAGGCCGAAAAUAAAAAUUACAAUAACAAUGAAAGCAAAAAUGAAAAUAGUCAUAAAGAUGAUAAUGAUAGUAGAUUUAGUCAUUAUAGUAAAGAAGUUAAUAGCAAUACAAAUAAAGAUUACAUAAAAUUUAAAAACCAAACUGAUAAAUCUGAACAUGUUAAAAAAAAAAAUAUUUCAUUGAUUAAUAUGACCAAACAAGUACAUCCAUACAUGAAAUACAUUAAGUUAUUAAAAGAAAUCAAGACAAAUUUAAGCGAAUAUUUAGUUUUAUUAAAGCUAAAAAUAAAUAAAAAAGAAGACAUCGAUGAUUAUGCUAAAAUUAAAUAUGACUUUUCGAGUUUAUUGAGUAUUGGCAAUAGAAGAGUUGGAGGUGUAUUUGGGAUAGAUGUCAAAAGCCAAGAAUCGCAAGGUUUAAACAGUAAUCAAUUUCAAGAACAAUAUUACUAUAAUAAGAAUGUCAAAGAGAGUAAUCAUAGGAAUAGUAACGAAACGAAUAAAAACAAUAUGAGGUUCGAUUAUGAAUAUGAGGAUUUGAGAGUAAAAAGGUUGGUUAUCUUGUUGAAUGAUAAGCGUGUUUUAUACAAUUUGAAAAAUAAUUGCAAAACUAUAUUUUACAAUGGAGAAAAAAUUCUUGAUAGUAUGAAGAGUUAUGGUUAUAAUUAUUAUGGUGAAUAUCAUGAAAUCAAUUAA